AUGUCGUCCAAUCGUGAUAAGCCAAAGGAUUACCAAAAGGCACUGAGAGCGGUCGCCGAGACCAAUGGCAGUGAUACGGAUGACGAUGGACUUGACAUUGUCAAGACAUCGCGCAGGAACUUGGACAUAUCACAGUAUAUUGACGUUUUGACGCAAACGCAGACCCAGUCGCAAGAUGCAGAUGUAGAUCAUAACACACAAGAUGUGGUGGAAUCAAGCACCGAAGACGACGGGGAUCCCCAGAUACGUCCGAGUGCAAGUAGCAGGAACGCAAGUGGCUCUGAUAUCCUCGACGAUGACCCAGAGUCUGAGUGGUCUGAAGAGGAUACCCGGGCCGCUUACCAGAACUGGAAAGAGCGCAAAACCCUCAAACGAAAACGCGUGGCUGCAGAAACCAACAGGAUCCGUGCUGAGAAGAAGUCCAAGGCCGUGGCUGCUGCAAGCAUUGUGGGCCGGAAGCCUCGAGCUAAGAAGCAGCAAGUUGAUGGGCCUACAGGAUUCAACACCGAUUCCCCAACUGAUGAUACUGGGGCUACUCCGGCUUAUCUGGACGAUCCGAUCCCAGACUACUUCAUCUCGCGCCAGCAAUCGCUCAAGAAGCUGCAUGAAGCUGGCUUACGGUAUCCUCCCGACUACACAGACAUUGACUUUUCCGAUGCAGACACCAAGGAGAAGCCGACGCUAGACAAGGCGAUCAAGCCGCAACGUGAAAAGAAAGACAUCAAGCUUCGCGAGUCACAUGGUGUCAUACCCGGUCCAAUCGCCCAGUGGCUCCGUGACUACCAGGUUGAUGGUGCCGAAUUCCUGCACCAGAAGUUUGUCAAACAAACAGGGGCUAUUCUUGGCGAUGACAUGGGCUUGGGGAAAACAAUCCAAGUCAUCGCAUUCCUGACCGCGGCUUUUGGUAAGACGGGCACUGAGCGCGAUGCCAAGUGCAUGCGCAAGAUCCGUCGCCUCGGCAAAGACCGGUGGUACCCUCGCGUCCUCAUCAUAUGUCCAGGCACGCUGAUGCAAAACUGGGAGGACGAACUUUCAAAGUGGGGCUGGUGGGAAGUCUACAGAUACCAUGGUUCCAACGUAGCAGACCGAAAGGGCGUUCUUGGUGCAGCAGCAAAGGGGAUGCUGGAGAUCAUGACCACAACGUACACGACGUAUCGCAACCACGAGAGCGAGAUCAACACUGUCGAUUGGGACUGUGUGAUUGCUGAUGAGUGCCAUCAGAUCAGGAGUAAGAAUGCAGAAAUCACAAAAGCCAUGAACAAGAUCAACGCGCUCUGCCGCUUCGGUCUUACUGGUACCGCCAUCCAGAACAAGUAUGAAGAGAUUUGGAACCUCCUGAAUUGGGCCAGGCCUGGAGCAUAUGGCUCAUCUCAAGAGUGGAAGCAGAAGAUUAGUCUUCCACUUAAACUGGGGCAAGCUCACGAUGCUACAAACGCCCAGCUUGCCGAGUCGCGAAGCAGGGCUCAGGAUCUUGUUCAGAACAUCUUGCCUAGCGUAUUUCUUCGUCGAAUGAAGACUCUGAUCGCUGACCAACUACCCAAGAAGAGCGAUCGCGUCGUCUUCUGCCAGCUCACCCAAACACAAGCCGAUGCGUACCGCACGUUUCUCGAGAGUGACAGAUGCGAGUUUAUCCGCACCGCAAGACAAGAGUGUGAAUGUGGGUCAGGCAAAGGCAGGGGCUAUUGCUGUAACGUCAAAGUCCCAAGUGAGGACGAGAAAUGGGCAAACUUCAUCUUCCCGUGCAUGGUUACUUUCCAAAAACUUGCCAACCACCUUGCUCUCAUUGUACCGCUAUCGACCGACUCACAGGAAAAACAGGCCAAGGACUUGCAGACUCUGGAGUUGGCGUGUCCCGACACAUUCAAGAGUCUCUUUCGGAUCCGCGACAACAUCCUGGUGCAGUCGCAACGAGAGUUUUGCGGAAAGUGGAAGGUGCUGAGACGACUGCUGGACUUCUGGCACUCCAAUGGCGACAAGGUUCUCAUCUUCUCGCACUCAGUCCGGCUGCUGCGGCUUCUGAGGGGUCUGUUCGAUGUCGAUGACACGAAAUACAAUUUCUCGUACCUGGACGGCAGCAUGAAGUACGAAGAGCGCUCUCAAGCUGUUGCAGACUUCAAUGCCGACCCGAAUCAAUUCGUGUUCCUCAUAUCCACAAAAGCUGGUGGUGUCGGACUCAACAUCACGUCUGCGAAUAAGGUCGUUGUCAUGGAUCCCCACUGGAACCCUGCAUACGACCUGCAAGCACAGGAUCGAGCGUAUCGGAUUGGACAGACUCGGAACGUCGAGGUAUUCCGCUUGAUAUCGAGCGGUACCAUUGAAGAAAUCGUCUAUGCUCGUCAAAUCUACAAGCAGCAACAAGCGAAUAUCGGCUACAAUGCCUCGGAGGAGCGCCGCUAUUUCAAGGGUGUAAUGGACGAGUCCGGCAAAAAGGGCGAACUGUUUGGUCUGGAAAACCUCUUCACUUUCCAAGAGAACGAUGUACUGCUUCGCGACAUCAUGCACAAGACCAACGUCGCAGAAUCCAAAGCCGGUGUCAAUGCCUACGACUUUCACGUUGAUGAAUCGCAGUUCGACUCGGAAGACGAGGACAUCUUGUCAAACAAGAAUCUUGGCCUGGAGGACGACGCCAACGUCGCUGGAAUAAAGAAGUUUGCCGAUUCUCUCCUUUCGGCUUCCAGUGGCGGCAGUAGGCGUGGCAAGAAGACUACACGGAACGGGCCCGAUCCGAUCAACGCUAUCCUCGCCAAAGCAGGCGUGCAGUACACUCACGAAAACUCCGAGGUCAUUGGACGCAGCGAGAUAGAAGCUCGUCUGGGUAAACAGGCUAUCGAGUUGCGCAACGACAUCGACCUAGCAAGCAAGCGCGUGUUCCAGGCCUCACAAUCCCAGUCGCAGCGGCCUUUUGAUGAACCGGAAAACGAACAUGAGAUUGCCGAGAAUGACGAUGACGAGGCUAUCGGACAUGCUACUCCAGGCGAAUUCAAGAUCAACUACCGGUACAGGCCCAGCGAGAGCAUGCGAAAACGCCAGUUCUGCAGCAUGGCGGAGAGCAUGGGCUUUGACGAUGCAGUCGAGUUUGCUUUGCUUGUCGAAAGCAGCACGCAGGAAGAGAGGAGAAGAAUGCUCGAGUACUUCUACCGUGGGCGGCGAAGGCAAAUGAGAAAAGAGUUUGGUGGGCCAAGGUGA